AAUGAAAUGAACGUGCGAAGAAACCAAACCUAAGAUAACAAUACCAAAGUAAUGCGAAAAUAAAAAGUGUGUUGAAAUGAUUGUAACUGAUAAGAAGAAAAUGAUGAUUUAAUUAUUGAAUACAGUGUUUAACCAUCGAAGUGAUAAGAAAAGCAAAUAUGUCGUCUCACGGGAAGGUCGUGUUGAUGGCGUGCGGGAGUUUUAGCCCUCCGACUUACAUGCAUUUGAGAAUGUUUGAAAUAGCCAGAGAUUACCUACAGUCUCUGGGAGCGACGGUGGUAGGCGGCAUCAUGUCCCCGGUGCAUGAUGCAUAUGGCAAGAAGGACUUAGUGGCUGCCCAUCAUAGGAUAGCAAUGUUGAAGCUCGCACUGCGCUCGUCAUCGUGGAUCAAGGUGUCGGAGUGGGAGUCACAGCAGAGCGGCUGGACUAGGACCAGGCUCUCCAUGCAGUAUCAUCAGGACACAAUCAAUGCGCACGCGACAUUGUCGACCUUGAACGUGACCGAGCCGCCAUCUUGGCUCCCGGAUGACGUCAUCAACGUGAACAACAUGAGCGCCAGUAUGGACGAGCCGGACAAUCUGAUGGAGAAACUGAACGGCAACAGGAACGAGCAGGUCACGGUGAAGCUGUUGUGCGGGGCUGACCUGUUGGAGUCAUUCGCGACGCCCGGACUGUGGGCUGAUGAGGAUUUAGAGACGAUAGUCGGCCGCCAUGGAUUAGUGGUUGUGACGAGGGCGGGUUGCGAUCCCGGGAAGUUCAUAUACGAGUCUGACAUGUUGUACAAGCACAGGCACAACGUGGUGAUGGUGACGAACUACGUCGCCAACGAAGUGAGCUCCACCGUCAUCAGGCGGCUGCUGAGGAGGUCAGAGAGCGCCAAGUAUUUGACAGACGACGCCAUCUUGUCUUACAUCAGGCAGCAUAAGUUGUACGGAGCUACGCCUAUACAUACUGUUAAAUAACGAGAACUUUGCGCACGCUGCCUGGAAACAGGUGGCGGCUGCGCGUUGUAGCUGACGUGUUGCGC